AUUAUAAUCUCAUCAAUUUUCAUUGAAUUUCGCUGCAAACAAACAAAAACAUUCUUCCCUUUCACUUUCAUCUUUAUUACUUCUCUACUAUACAUAAUGGGUCGCUAUAGUACUCAUGCUAAUGAAAGCCAACCCUCCAUUAAAUUAUCACUCUCCUUUCAUUUUCCCAUUUCUUCUUCUCUCCCCAUUUACUCCCUCAACCCCAAUUCAGUUUUCGAAUUCUUUGUGGGUUUUUCUCAAGAUUGAAAUUCUGGAAGGUUAGGGAAGAUGGAAUCCAAGGCUCUGCGAUUCAUUACCCAUCAAUCGUUCUUCUCUGUUGUUCGAUCUGGGGAUCUUGAGGCUGUUAAACAGGUUUUGGAUAAGCUGGGUGGAGAUGACCAGGCUGAGGGUUCUUCGAUUACCGAUUUGAUGGCGAUGCAGAACGAUGCUGGGGAGACGCCUUUAUAUGUCGCUGCUGAGAAUAAUCUUGAGGAGGUUUUUACCUAUUUGCUUCAAUUUUCCACUGUUCAGAUCCUGAAGAUUAGGUCUAAAUCUGAUUUGCACCCUUUUCAUGUUGCUGCUAAGCGUGGCCAUCUAGGUAUUGUAAAGGUGCUUUUGGCCAUUUGGCCGGAGCUUUGCAAAUCAUGUGAUUCCUCAAACACAAGCCCCCUCUAUUCAGCUGCUGUACAAGACCAUUUGGAAGUAGUUAAUGCCAUCUUAGAUGCUGAUGUUAAUACACUGAGAAUUGUAAGAAAGAAUGGAAAGACAGCUCUGCAUAAUGUAGCUAGGUAUGGCCUCCUUCGGAUCGUUAAAACGCUUAUUGAUCAUGAUCCUGGAAUAGUUGCGAUUAAAGACAAAAAGUCCCAGACUGCACUUCACAUGGCUGUGAAAGGCCAGAGCACUGCAGCGGUCGAGGAGCUAUUGCAGGUCAAUGCUUCUAUAUUGAAUGAAAGAGACAAGAUGGGAAAUACAGCUUUGCAUAUAGCAACUAGAAAGUGUCGAUCAGAGAUUGUAAGCCUUUUGUUGAGCUUUACAUCGCUUGACGUCAAUGCAAUCAAUAACCAACGGGAGACUGCUAUGGACUUGGCUGACAAACUGCAAUACAGUGAAUCUUCACUGGAGAUUAAAGAAGCAUUGGCCGAAGCUGGUGCCAAAUAUGCAAGGCAUGUUGGCCAAGUUGAUGAAGCAAUGGAGCUCAAACGGACAGUCAGUGAUAUCAAGCAUGAGGUUCACUCACAACUUAUCCAAAACGAAAAAACACGUCGAAGAGUUUCUGGAAUUGUCAAAGAACUGAAGAAGCUCCACAGAGAGGCUGUUCAGAAUACCACAAAUUCCAUCACGGUUGUGGCUGUUCUUUUCGCAUCCAUUGCAUUCCUGGCCAUCUUCAAUUUGCCGGGUCAGUACAUACAAAACGGAAAAGACGUUGGAAAGGCAAAUAUAGCUGAUAACAUGGGUUUCCAAGUAUUUUGCCUUCUAAACACUACAUCUCUAUUUAUAUCUUUAGCCGUUGUGGUGGUUCAAAUUACUUUGGUAGCAUGGGACACGACAGCUCAAAAGCAGGUUGUAUCAGUCGUAAACAAGCUAAUGUGGGCUGCCUGCGCUUGCACUUCAGGGGCUUUCAUAUCAAUUGCUUAUGUUGUCGUAGGGCACGAAACAUGGAUGGCUCUUGCCAUCACCCUCGUUGGAGUUCCAAUUCUUGUUGCAACUCUCGCAAGCAUGUGCUACUUGGUUUUUCGACAACAUUUUGGUAUCUUUAGCAGUGACUCUCAAAGACGAAUCAGACGAGCAAGUGGAAGCAAGUCUUUCUCGUGGCCUCACUCAGUUAAUAUAUCUGAUGAUGACGAUUACAACUCCGACCUCGAGAAGAUUUAUGCCCUAUAGAUACCCUUUCAGCAAUUUCGAGCCUGAAAAGAUGGGUUUCCUGCACAUAGUUAUAUAGAUAUGUUGUAAAGUAGAUCUGGAGGGUUAUACCUCAUCGUGUUUGGUAGGACUUGAUGGAGUACAAGUACAAUAACGAAGGUUGGUUUCUUCAACGGCUUCUAGUUGGAAGAGUAAAUGUGAGUGUAUAUGCUGUACAUUUAUGAGGAAUGUUUGAACACUAAGUUCAGUGAAGUCUCUUUAGCUGUGUAUUUUCCUCUUCGCACUCUUUAAAUCUGAUACUAAAACUAAAACAUUAAUUAGACGUGAA